AUGUCGCCACGGGCUUUAGUCCUUGAUGGACUAUGGUAUUCACUAUGCCCGUCAUUCACAGCGCUGAGCGUUGGUCGCUCAGCGUAUCCCAAACCAAAGGGACGAUUCUCAAGAAAACCGCUACCUUCGAUCGCUACCGCAAGCUCCCCAGCUCGCCGCUGCUAUAGCACGACCGACGAUUCCCCUGGGCCUCAGCAUUCAAUCACAGAUGCAUCUCGUUCGGAGACAUUGCACUCCGGCAGAUACCACGAUGAGGCCCACGCUCACUGGUCCAGACAACGGACCAACACGCGGAGCACCCGAAAGCCUCUCUCGCGAACACACAAUGUACAGGAAGACCUUCUGAAGCUGAAGAACGAUGCGUUGGAGGCACGGCUUCAAUAUGUCAUGGACAAAAAACCGAAUAUCAGACACAUCACGCAGAUCCUACGGCUGCUCAUUCGAGAUCGCCAUGUACAGCCCAAUGCUCGACAUUAUAAAGCUCUGAUUCUCGCCAAUACUGAUAAUGAACGAGGGUCGCCGCAGCUCGUGCGCGGACUCUUGGAUGAAAUGGAGAGUAGCGGCAUCACCGCGGACUCUGGCACCCUCCACGGUGCACUACAGGUCCUCGCCGUUCACCCGGACUAUCUGCUCCGACAAGAAGUACUGGACAAAAUGCGCGACCGAUGGCUGACGCUCAGUCCGGCCGGAUGGCAUUUCGUGGUGGCGGGACUUUUGCGCGAGAACCAGAUCGAGCUCGCGCUGGAGCAUGUCGCGUUGAUGGAACGGAAGUUCAUUUUCGUUCAGAACUGGCUACACAGUAUAAUUGUCUAUACGCUUUGCGACCACGGCGAGUUGGACGAGGUGUACAGGUUGAUGCAGGCUCGCGUUGAACAGGGCCACGAUAUGACGACACCACUCUGGAUGCAUGUGUUGACAGUGGCGGGCACACAUGACCACUUUACGAUGGCGCGUUAUGUGUGGCGCCGCAUGGUCGACCUGGGUUACAUGAGUCCACUCAUUCCGGUGUGCAAUGACGUUCUUCGGAUGGCCGCGAAGGCUGGAGACACUGAGCUGGCCAAGUCUGUGAUUCGAUACCUUGUCGAGUGCGGCAUGUUGCUUGAUCGCGGACAGUAUGAGCGACUUGUGGAAGCGCACGUGGCAGCCGGUGACCUGGCUGCGGCGUUCGAAACAUUGUGCACUAUGCACGAAACACAGAUCCCGCUAGCGGAUAGUUCGACCGACUGUCUUCUUGCGUACAUGAUCCAAUCUAAAGUGGAUCGGCGGGAGGCAUGGCAGAUGCUCAAGCGGUUGAAGAACGAGAAACGGACCGUGCCCAUCCAGUCCGUCCGUGUGGUGGCCCGGCUCUGUGAGCACAAUGCCCACUCCGAUCCGUCGGUGGUGGACGAUGGUGUCGGGUUCUACAAGGAGCUCUACACCGUCUGCCCGGAGGGAGCAGACGUUCAAAUCUACAACACACUGAUUCGGAUGUGCCGCACGGCCCGAAACCGUGAGUCCGGGAUGUUCCUCGUGAAAGAGAUGGCGUCCCUCGGGGUAAUCCCAAACGGGGGCACGUUCGAGUCGAUCAUUUUAAUGUGUUUGGACGCGGGAAACUUCCGGUCCGGCUUCCUUUAUUUCCAGGACCUGGUCAAGCGGGAAGCGGCAUUGAGUGCUGAAACGCAGGGGGAAAUUCGCACCAUCUGCGCUGGAUCCGUGGAUGAGUUUGCCAUGCGACUGCAGUAUCACCCUUACGUCCGUGACGACGUGCGCAAACUCGAUGAGGAGGUCCAGCAGCAGCGGGAGCGAGCGGCCGAGAAGACCGGUCGCCACCCUAUUCCUCCGGAGGUGCGAAGGUUACGGAUGUCAGACGAUCAACGACGAGAGUUUAACAAGGAGCGUCGAAAGCGGAAACGCCGUCGUCUCGCAAUUGAGCGAAACAUGAAAGAGGAGGGAUGGGAUGAAUGGGAGGUCGAUGCCAAGACGAGUUGA